GUCUUCUCUGUUUCUAAUUUUCUCACACAAUCCUUUUCCAUAGAAUCCUACUAAAUCUCUCUCUCUAUAAAACUCACAUUGCACAGCACUGUGCUCCAAGAUUGCUUUGAGCUGUGUCUGUCUCCGGACAACAUUGCAAAGAUUCUCGAGAAAGUUCAAAACUUUCCCAGAAAAUUCAAAGGGUAUUUUCAUAUUUUGCUCACUGUCCAAAUAAGUAUCAAAGCUUGAAUCAGUGGCGGAGAAAAGUGACAAUGGAAGGUGGAAAAGGCGUGGGGGAGAAGAAAGGAACAAACGAUGUAGUUUUGCAGAUUUCGGUCGGCGAAGAGCGCACAAGUUACAACAAAGAAACCAGAGACUUGAAUCUUCAGCUGACGGAGCUUCAGUGCCUCAGAGUCUCCGGCUCUUCUUCGCGGUCGGUGUUCUCGAAACCCAAGUCGAGGUUCGUUGAGCCGUUUCCUCAGUUGAAGUCAACUGCUAAUUCUUCCAAUGUGGCAUCGCCAAGCUCCAAAAUCGCAGGCACAACACCGAGAGACGCUCUGAGGUCCGCCCCGAUAACCCCAAGAGCACCGUUGGUCGACGGCGGCGAGGAGGACGAUGAUGAGGAGGUUUAUAAGACUGCAAAGCUAAAGGUGUGUGCGAAGUCCGGUAAGAAGAUAAAAAAGUUGGCAUUGAUUGAGUUGGUUGCAUUUGUUUGCAUUGUUGUGUUUUUUAUUGCUGGCUUAACUGUACCUACGUUGGAAAAUAAGAUGUAUUUGGGGUUGGAAUUGUGGAAAUGGUGUGUCUUGGUGUUGGUUGUUUUGUGUGGUAGAUUGGUCACAGAAUGGUUUAUCAAUGUUCUGGUUUUCGUGAUUGAGUUGAACUUUUUGCUUAAGAAGAAUGUUUUGUAUUUUGUUUACGGGUUGAAGAGAAGUGUACAGAUUUUUAUUUGGUUGGGUUUGGUUCUUCUGGCAUGGGGUUUGUUGUUCGACAACGGAGUGAAGAGGUCAAGGAAAACCUCUAGGAUCCUAGGUUAUGUUACACGGGGUCUGGCUUCGUGCCUAAUUGGAGCGGCCAUAUGGCUGGUGAAGAAUUUGUUUGUCAAAGUAGUAGCUUCUUCAUUCCAAUGCAAUAGAUUCUUUGAUCGGAUUCAAGAAUCAAUCUUUCAUCAGUAUGUUCUCCGCACCCUUUCCGGGCCUCCACUGAUGGAAAUGGCAGAAAGUGUCGGGAGGGCCCCAAGCAGCGGUCGGUUGAGUUUCAAAAAUUUGAAGGGAGGGAAAAAGGAGGGGAAUGAAGGGGCCAAAGAGGAGGUGAUUGAUGUAGAAAAGCUCAAAAAGAUGAACCAAGAGAAAAUUUCUGCUUGGACCUUGAAAGGGUUGAUUAAUGUAGUAAGGAGUUCGGGGUUAUCUACCAUCUCCAACACACUUGAGAGUCUUGACGAUGAGGAGAGUGAGCAGAAAGGUAAGGAGAUUACUAGUGAGUGGGAAGCAAAGGCUGCGGCUUAUGAUAUUUUCCUGAAUGUCACCAAGCGUAGCAACAAGUACAUUGAGGAAGAUGACCUCUUGCGCUUCAUGAAAAAGGAGGAGGUCGACAUUGUUUUACCUCUGUUUGAAGGGGCAGCGGAAACUGGCAAGAUCAAGAGAAAAGCUUUGAAGAACUGGCUGGUGAAUGUUUACCUUGAGCGCAAAUCACUGGCGCAUUCCUUAAAUGACACUAAAACAGCAAUUGAGGAGCUGAAUAGGCUUGCCUCAGGGUUUUUGCUUCUGGUGAUCAUUAUCGUGUGGCUACUUCUGAUGGGAUUGUUUACGACAAACAUGCUAGUCCUUAUAGCAUCUCAGCUUUUAAUGCUGGCGUUUGUAUUUGGUAAUACUGCAAAAACUGUGUUUGAAGCGAUCAUAUUCGUCUUUGUGAUGCACCCUUUUGAUGUAGGGGACCGUUGUGUCAUUGAAGGAGUACAGCUUAUUGUUGAAGAGAUGAACAUAUUGACAACAGUCUUCUUAAGAUCUGACAACGAGAAAGUUUACUAUCCAAAUUCAGUACUGGCUAGUAAACCCAUCAGCAACUUCUAUAGGAGCCCGGAGAUGGGUAAUUCUGUUGAUUUUGCUAUUGACGUUUCUACAAAGAUUGAGACCAUUGUGGCUCUAAAAGCCAGAAUAAAAGAGUACUUGGACAGCAAGACUCAGCACUGGCGUCCUGCGCAUAGCGUGGUGGUUAAGGAUAUUGAGGACGUUAACAAAAUGAUAAUGGCUCUUUAUGUUACACAUACCAUAAACUUUCAGAACUAUGGCGACAAGACCAGUCGGAGAUCAGAUUUGAUCUUUGAGCUGAAGAAAAUAUUUGAAGAUCUUGGUAUAAAAUAUCACCUCCCGCAUCAAGAAGUUCAUCUCCGCUAUGUCGGAGCAUCCGCUGCAGAACUUCCACCCACAUGGCGGUGAUUGUUUCUGUGUAUGUUCACUGUUCUAAAAAUCCCCACCUAGCGCCGGCUAAGCGGUUAACCACCGUUCCAAUUAAUGCCUAGGCGUUUGAAAAUUAAGAAAUGAUGCAUAGACCUACUGAGGCGCCCGCCUAAACCUGCUAAGGCGCCCACCUAAACCGCCUAGGCACCUGCCUAGCCCGUCCAAACCUGCCUAGACAUCCGCCUAGGUUGUGACUCAUUUAGACAAAAAAUAGAUAACUUUCAUUUUUCAUUUUAUUUUUUCAAUAAAUUGGAAAAGACUUCUUGAAUACUUAAAGGAACACACAUUAUAUAUUUGUUCCCCAUGUUUUUAUUAUGUUCCAAUAACUCAUA